GCAAACACAGGAAACAUCCUGGAGGGCGUGGUAAUGCUGGUGGUUUGCACCAUCACAGGAUUAACUUUGAUAAAUAUCACCCCGGUUACUUUGGAAAAGUAGGCAUGAGACACUAUCACUUGAAGAGGAAUCAAAAGUUCUGUCCUACUGUCAAUUUGGAUAAACUGUGGACGCUUGUCAGUGAACAGACAAGGCUCAAUUACGCAAAAAAAGAGGCUGGACUGGCCCCAGUCAUUGAUGUUGUGCGCUCAGGCUACUACAAAGUCCUGGGAAAGGGGAAGCUGCCCAAGCAGCCUGUAAUCGUGAAAGCAAAGUUCUUCAGUAGAAGAGCAGAGGAGAAGAUCAAAGAAGUUGGUGGUGCCUGCGUGCUUGUGGCAUGAAAGCCUUUGUUUUAUUCAAAUUUUUUGAAUAAAGGCAAUGUGUAAAAUGUGCCGAUUUACAGAA